AUGCAUGGGAGCAGAGGUUGUCUCGGAUGUUGUUCCAAGCCACCACUUGUGAUUUCUGUGGACGAGCCAUCUAAAGGGCUCAAAAUUCAAGGACAUCGCGUAAAAAAGCGUAGUAUAACGGAGGAUUUUUGGAGCCACACGUCAGGAGACAUGGAUAACAGUGCUUUUCCUUCCCACAGAAGCAUCUCAUCAAUCAGUACUUCAAACCAAACCUUAGAUAGUCAGAGUAAUGCUGACGGGCCGAGCAACUCUUCUGAAUUUGUAAAUCAUGGUUUUCUUCUGUGGAAUCAAACACGACAGCAAUGGAUUGGAAAUAAAGGAUCUCAAAAGGGCGAACAAGUGCGAGAACCCAAGUUGAGUUGGAAUGCAACUUACGAGAGUUUGCUUGGGACCAACAAACCAUUCCCACAGCCGAUUCCAUUGCCGGAAAUGGUGGAUUUUCUGGUGGAUGUGUGGGAGCAAGAGGGACUUUACGACUGA